AUGUCUCCAUCAAGCAUUCAUAGUGGGGAUCAACCUUCAAGAUCAAACUCGGUCAGCACAAAGCCAACGGUCUAUGUACUCGAUGCAUUCAACCCCCAGGCUAUUUCCCACGCCAAGACGCUGUUCAACGUGAUUCUUCCAGAAGAUCCAGGCUUCGCCGAUUGGAGGAAGAAAGCAACAGCAAUCCUGGUUCGAGGCUCAUUUGUCACUGCAGACGACAUUGAAAGCUGUCCAAAUCUCAUUGCAAUCGGCAAGCAUGGUGUUGGAAUUGACAAGAUCGACCAAGAAGCUUGUUCCAAGCGUGGAAUCAAAAUUCUGAACACCCCCGGCGCCAACGCAAGAGAUGUUGCGGAGCUUGUGCUUGCUUUGACAAUGGCUGUCGCAAGGGACAUUCGCUCCAUCACUGUCCGACAGAUGUCAAAGCCUGUGCCGAAGGAAACAUGCAACGGACUUACUCUUUAUGGCAAAACCAUCGGCAUUAUUGGAAUGGGCAACAUUGGACGAACGGUGGCGGAGAUCUUCCGGGGUGCCUUCGAUGCCGAAGUCGUAGCUUGUGAUGUGUUUAUGCCUGCUGAUGCAUGGCCUCACAUUCCUCACACAAGGGUCAAUACCGCACAAGAGGUUCUCGAAACGGCAGAUGUGAUUUCAAUCCAUGUGCCUCUCACUAAGGAGACGGCCAACAUGAUAUCCUAUGAUCAGCUUCGCACAAUGAAGCCAGAUGCUAUUUUGAUCAAUGCAGCUCGUGGUGGAAUUGUGAACGAAGCUGAUCUGGGUAGAGCACUAUCUGAAGGACACCUCUGGGGUGCUGGGCUUGAUUGUCAUGAGCAGGAACCUCCAACUCGGGAGAGGUAUGGUGCUCUCUGGGAGCAUUUGAAUGUGAUCAGUACGCCACACAUUGGAGCUGCUACGACUCGCGCGCAAACGGCGAGUGCAAUGGCUGCUGUCAAUAACCUGUACAAUCACUUGCAGACUCUUACCUAA